AUAUAUCUUUUUUAAAAAUGGUGAUUCAACUCUGACGCGAACUAAUUUUGUCGGGGAGGAUCUGAUUUUCGGCGAUAUCAAAGAUGGCCAAUCGAGUGUUUAUUUCGAUUAUGUCAGCAAGGAACUGUACCAUUAUCGAAAGAGUAAUACGAGCAAAAAUAUUUGUUUCUUUGAUUAUGAUGGUGUUUUGUUGAAAAAUAUUUCAUUUGAUGAAGGGAACAUUGGUGCAAUGACCGUAUUCGGAGAUUUCCUCUACCUCCAAACUUUGGAGACAAGAGUGGUUCAGGAGAUGAAUGUAUCCACGGGUGUUGUUUAUCGAAACAUUUCUUUACCAAAACCGCUUGCCCGUUUGAAUGACCUCGCCAUUGUGGAGCAAUCCCAGUACCCAACAG